UUAUCCAAAAUGAAGUUACUAAUCCUCUUCCUAGCCACAUUGGGCGCAGCUGCUGCACGCUUGAGGGGACAUACUGUCAAAGGAUGAUGACAAAGUGAUCCACCAGAUAAGCCAAUGGCUUGAUGAUUUUUAAGGAAAUCAAAUAAAAUUGCAUGCUGUAAGAGCAAGUCCACUAGAGUUCUUAAUCCAUUAUUAAGAGGGGUAAACGUUAAUUACACUUCAGAUUAGAUUGGGCAUUUACUAGAAGGAUAUGUAGCUGAGAAUUUCAUUUAAUUUAAAUAAUCCCGCCAUAAAAAGUUCUUGGCGCAGUGUGACCAUACGCAAUAAAGAUACCCACCUACUGGCAUAGGAAAGUAAACAAAACAUGGCACUGAACUCCAAACUUAGGGAUCUCAUCUUGAACAGCCACGUGCCGCUGGUCCUGGACCAGUUUCCGCUGAAAUGGGAGUGCUUCGAGGGAUCCCUACACGACUGGUGCCAGCGAUUUGACCAGGAGGCCAGCUCUCCUCCAGACUUCGAGCUGAUGGCUUUGGCGGACAGCAGUACGCCGCAGUGGGAGCGAAAGCGGACCAAAGCCAGUAAGCUCAGCAUGCAGCAGUUCCUGCGAGAGUACGGCGUCCUGAAGGAGGAGCACACCCACUGGGCGGCGUACCAGUACAAGAGAGCCGACGAAGUGCCACCCAGUUGCCGGAGGGGCAUUGAUUUCUCCAGUUUCGGUUUCCCGGUCAUCGGAGACGACUUCCGCUUAUGGCUGGGAUCGGAGCAGGCCAACACGCCGUGUCACUACGACACCUUUGGCGUCAACAUAGUGGUGCAGGUGCAUGGCAGCAAGUCGUGGCUGCUCUUCCCGCCUGAGACGCCGCUGCAGAGCACCAGGAUUCCCUACGAGGAGUCCAGUGUCUACUGUGUGGAGAACUUUUACGCCCCGGACCCGGCAAAGAUUCAGAGCUACGAGCAUCUUGGCCGGCAGGCGUAUCACUGCAACCUGCAGGCGGGCGAAGUACUAAUCGUGCCGCGUAACUGGUGGCACUACGUUGAGGCCACGUCCACGUCGCUGAGUGUCAACUACUGGGUGCCGCUUAGAGUGGACAUGGACCUGGUUUUGGACGAGUUCCUGGUCAUGCAUAUCGUGGAGAGCUUUGUCAGGGGAGAGAGCGAUCAAAUGAAGCAGUACGUGCUCAAUCCCAACCAGUUGGGUGACCUGUCUACCAAGCCCAGCGACCUCUAUGCGCAGUUCGAGCAGGCGGUGCAGAAUCUAGAGAGUGGUCAGAACACCCGAAAGCUCUUCGAUACCGACUACAUCAGCCAAGCGGAUUGGAAAACUUUGUUGAAUAGUAUCAGCCCCACAGUGCGCCCUUUGCAAGUGAUGCCUCACGAGGAAUACAAGCAGCUCCUCCGCGCCAACUCCAAGAGAUUCCGAAAUGCUGUUAGCCCACCAGAGUCAACUCCCAUUAGUUCCACUUGGGAGCUUCUAGUAAGCAGCAUGUGUGCUCCACGGGUAAUUGCCGAAAUGAAGAGCGAGUUCUUUUGCAGGCUACGAAAAAGUAACUCCCUCUAGCUAAACACACAAACGAGUAUCUAGGGUAAGAACGUGAUAAUAUUGUUGCAUAUUUGAGAUUAAAAUCCAAUAAGCCAUCAA